AUGUUGAUGCCUAUGAGGAGGGGGCGCUGCCUCCUCCUCCCCCUCCUCCUGGGGGUCGUCGCCCCCUGGCUGGAGGAUUGCUCCGCCUCCUCGCAUUCCCUGGGGAAUUUCUACACAGCAGUGUCUGAGCCCAGCCCGGGGCUGCCCCAGUUCAUCGCUGUGGGCUAUGUGGACGACCAGCUCAUCACUCACUACGACAGCCGCACCCGCAGGAAAGAGCCCAUUGCCCCCUGGAUGCGGAAGGUGGAGCAGGACGAACCCCAGUACUGGGCCAAGGAGAGCCCGAUCAUGCAGGGCAAUGAGCAGCGGUUCAGAGCCCUGUUGGCAUCUCUGCAGGAUCAGAACAGCAGCACAGGACCACCAGGGCAACAUACCCUCCACAACAUAUCUCUUUCAGGUCUCCACACCCUGCAGCAAAUGUUCAGCUGCAAGGUAGGGCCAGACGGGCAGCCCAGAGGGGGGUCCUGGCAGUAUGGCUAUGAUGGGGAAAACUGCAUGUCCCUCAACAUGGAGAACGUCACUUGGACAGCCCUCAUGCCCCAGGCCAAAAUCUUAAUGCAGAAGCUAGAUGACCUCCAGGCUGCUCCACAGUACCACAAGUCCUACCUGGAGACGACCUGCAUAAAGUGGCUGCGGAGGUAUCUGGAUUACGGGAACGAGACCCUGCGGAGGACAGAGCCCCCAAGGGUGAAGGUGGCACGCAACAAGGGCAACGAUGACCAGGAGACCCUCAUCUGCCGUGUCUACGGUUUCUACCCCAAAGCGAUCAUGGUCACCUGGAAGAGGGACGAGGACCAGCUCAACAGUACGGAGCGUGUCGUCCCCAACUCAGAUGGAACCUACCACACCUGGCUCAGCAUCAACAUAGAUCCCAAGGACAGGAACAGAUACCAGUGCCACGUGGAACAUGAUGCUUUUCCAGAGCCUGUGGCCUUUGCCUGGGAGAAGCCAGCAUCCAACUUGGGGCUCAUUUGGGGCAUUGUCAUGGCAGUUAUGGUUGCUCUCGUCCUGUUGGGAGCUGGGGUCACCUUCUACAUGAGUGAUGGUGACCAGGGGUCUGAUUGCUCCGUCUCACGCAAUGGCGUCCAGCGCUCUACCUGGUUCACCACAUGGAAUCCCAUAUUUGCGGGACUGCGUCACUCCCAGCGCUCCGCCACGACAGCUUUGCUUGUCUGA